AUGGGUUCCAUGGGGCUUGCUUUGACUUCAGACAGGAGCCUGCGCUUGACCAGCUCCUUGCUUUGUGGGGCAUGUUUGGCCAGUGUGUUUCGCAAUCUGUACUCGCACCAUCGAGGGGGAUCAGAUGGCAUCAACAACUUGUUGGUUCCUCGCAGCUUCAACUGUAGGCUGAUGGAGCUUACCAGCGUCCUUGGUUUUUUGGCAUCUAGAGCAGAGCUGCAAGAGCUGUACGCUGGUGGCUACAACGCACGGCGAAGAGGUUACCUUUCCUUGGCUUUCCUUCUUCAGUCGUUGUGCAUGACCAUCUUUGAUUGCGACAGCACGACGUCUUUCCUCCUCGUCAUCGUUCUGCUUGUCGGCCAGCUUGCAGCGCUUCUCUGUGCGUAUCGAGACCUGGAUUUUGGUCCUGCGUUCCUGAGUCCCUGGAUAAUCCGAGCAGCUGCUGGAGCAG